CUUAUCUCCUCUCCUUUGCUAGAAAAGAAAAAUGGCAGCAUACCACGUUCGCUCCAAUAGCUUUCCCUCAAAGCAACACCCUCUCAUCCCUGAAUUUGAUGACUUGCUGUGCAGAUUGAGGUCUUUUGAAGCCACUUCUUCCUCAUCCACAUCUGUCUCCUCCAAGCUAAAUGGACUUCAAGAUCUCCAUGAUUGCGUUGAUAAGUUGCUUUCGUUACCUCUCAAUCAACAAGCACUGUCCAAAGAGCAGAAUGAGAAAGAGGUUGAUGUUGUUUUGGAUGGAUCUCUUAGACUCUUGGAUCUUUGCAACACAGCCAAGGAUGCCUUGUUGCAAAUAAAGGAAUCUACUCAAGAACUUCAAUCAGUUAUGCGAAGAAAACAUGGUGGUGAAAUCAGUCUCUCAAGCGAGGUUAAAUUUUUUUUGAGGUCUAGAAAGAUGAUGAAGAAAGCACUUUCCAAGACAAUGGAAAACAAAUCCAAAAUCAGUUCGUCCCUUAGGAAGGAAGAAGAGACUGCUGAAAUCGUUAGCAUGUUGAGAGAGGUUGAGUCGAUCACUUUCAGCGUUUUUGAAUCAUUGAGUUCCUUCGUCUCCGAAACAAAAUCAUCAAAACCAAACAGCUGGUCAUUAGUUUCAAAGAUGAUGAAUUCCAGAAGAGUAGCUUGCGAGGGAGUCAACGAAUCUAACGAAUUCGCAAGUGCAGAUGCUGCCUUGGCCAGCCUCAUCAGCAAGAAGAUAAAGAAAACAGAUAACAAGCUUGUAGAGAAUGCACAAAAUGAGCUCCAAUCAGUGGAGUCUUGCAUUCAAGAUUUUGAAGGAGGGGUUGAGAGCCUUUACAGGGGUUUGAUCAAAACCAGAGUUUCUCUGCUCAACAUCCUCAAACACUAGCUCAGUAUAAACACAAUAGUAAUUAGGUAGAAAUUUAGGCAUACAAAAUUCAUAUAGCAAUGGAAAAGCCUGGGAACCAGCUUUUCAUUCUAGUACAUAUAUAAAU